AUGAAAAAAACAUCCGGAUAUUCCAGAACGAUUUUAGCUGUAUUUGUUGCUAACAUUCUGUUUGCCCCUUCAUCAUUUGCAGCACUUACCGCAACCCCCACUCAAUAUGGCGAUAAUGCUUCUGCGGGUGCACCAACAGCAUCUGCAUUUGGCUCAUAUGCAAAUGCAUCAGCCAGUGAUGCCACAGCCAUCGGUUCUAACUCCAAAGCAAGCGGGAACCAGAGUACGGCAGUGGGUCAUACGGCCUGGGCUACAGGACAAAGUUCAUCUGCCUUUGGGGAGAACAGCACAGCUUCUGGUAAUAACAGCACCUCUACUGGCUCUCAUAGUUCGGCGUCCGGUGAGUUAUCUACUGCAUCCGGAUAUUUCUCUGACGCGCAAGGGGCCAGAGCUACAGCUACUGGUGCCCACAGCAGCGCAACCGGCACCUACAGCACCGCACUUGGUACCUGGUCGUCAGCAUCAGCAACCAACAGUGUUGCAUUAGGUUAUGGCUCUGUUGCUGAUCGGGAAAACACGGUAUCUGUUGGUAAAGCAGGUAAUGAACGUCAGAUCACUAACGUCGCCGCAGGUACAGCAGACACUGAUGCCGUAAAUGUUAAACAAUUAAAUGAUAAAGCCACCGAAACACUGAAUGCAGCAAACUCAUAUACGGAUAAUAAAAUUACAGAAACAAAAAAUGAAUUGAACACCACCAUCAACAAUGCAAAAAAUGAAGCAAUCAAUACAUCCAAUAAUUACACCGACACAAAAAUCAACGAGACCAAAAACGAACUAAACCUCAAUAUCGAAAAUGCAAAAAACGAAGCAAUCAAUACAUCCAACAAUUACACCGACACCAAAAUCAAUGAAACCAAAAACGAAUUAAACCUCAAUAUUGAUAAUGCAAAAAAUGAAGCCAUCACUAUUUCCAAUAACUAUACAGACAGUAAAAUAACGGACACCAAAAACGAACUGAAUGUAAAUAUAGAUAAUGCCAAAAAUGAGGCCAUUAUCACAUCCAAUCACUAUACAGAUAACAAAAUAGCCCAGAACAAUACCGUCAUUAAUCAGAAUAUUAAUAAUGCUAAAAAUGAAGCAAUUACGGAAUCAAAUAACUAUACCGACUCCCGCUAUCAACAAAGUAUCCAGUAUGCGCAGAAUGCAGCUGACCAGGCGGAACAAAACGCCAACCAGUACACCGACAAUCGCUUCAGUCAGUUAAAUCAGCAGUCAAACCAGCGAUUCGAACAAUUGAAUAAAAAAAUAGAGCGGGCAGAAAAACGCCUCAACGCGGGCAUUGCCGGUGUGACAGCCAUCGCCUCCAUCCCUUACGUUGCCGAAAACAACUUCUCCUGGGGCGUUGGUCUGGGAAAUUACCAGAACGGAAAUGCGCUGGCGGCUGGCGUGCAGUACAAAACUUCCCCGAAUACAAAUGUCCGACUGAAUGUGUCGUGGGAUUCAGCCCAUAACUCUGCUCUCGGUGUGGGCUUCGCCGGCGGCUGGUAA